ACAAACCCUUUAAGAAGCCUAAAAUUCCAAUCUCUUCCACAAAAAUGAAAAAUCCCAAUUUCAAAACAGCACCUUUUCUUUAACUUCGGGUACUUCUCCUUUUCAGUUAUUUUGACUCUUUUGGUUUUUUGGAAAAGCUUCAUUUUUGUUGUUGGGUUUUCUUGAUAGGUGGGGUUUUGUUUACUUUCUUUUGUAGUUAUUCUUUACUUUGAUUCUUUGCCCAUCAUUUUUUUUCCUUUUACCAGAUUCACCACCUGUUUUUUUUUAAUUAUUAUUAUUUUUUGUUUGAAACACCCGCGUGCAUGUUCUUCAGUUUGUCUGAUCUGGAUUGGAUCACAAGGUUCUUUCCUUUUUUUUUUUACUUUGAAGAGUAGUAAGAGAGAAAGAGAAAUGGAGGUGUUUUUGAUAGGGUUGAGUGCUUGAAAAUAUCUUCCUUCUUUUUUGGGGAGCAUUGUUUGGUUGCUCAGAAAAAAAAGGAAGGAAGAAAGAAGCAGGGUGGAUUAGUGUACUUAUGUGCUUCCAUUGUUAGGGGACUUUGAGUUGAAAUUGAGUGUUCUAAUGUUGAAUGAUUGAAAUUGGGUAUUAAUUGGAAGCUUAAUCUUGGGGAUAUGGCGGGUAUUGAUGUUUCUAAGUAUGCACAUAGUGCUGUGCACAAGGCUGUUGCUACAAAGGAUUAUGCUGGUCUUAAGAGGAUACUCGCGGCGCUCCCACGUCUUGGGAACCCGACUGAGAUUCAAACUGAAGCAGCCUCAUUGGCCGAGGAAGAGAAGGCUGAUGCAAUCUCUGCCGUGAUUGAUCGGCGCGAUGCUCCUAACAGGGAUACUCCUCUUCACUUAGCUGUUAAGCUUGGUGAUGAAACUGCAACCGAAAUGCUUAUGGGUGCUGGUGCUGAUUGGAGUUUGCAAAAUGAACAAGGAUGGAGUGCACUCCAAGAAGCGAUUUGUAAUCGGGAAGAAGCUAUUGCUAUGAUUAUUGUUCGGCAUUACCCGCCAUUGGCAUGGGCAAAAUGGUGUAGGAGGUUGCCUCGCUUGGUGGGAACUAUGCGAAGGAUGAGAGACUUUUACAUGGAAAUCACAUUCCAUUUCGAGAGUUCCGUGAUACCUUUCAUUUCCAGGAUUGCUCCUUCGGAUACAUACAAGAUUUGGAAGAGGGGUGCAAAUCUGAGAGCUGAUAUGACUUUGGCUGGAUUUGACGGAUUCAGAAUUCAACGUUCAGAUCAGAGUAUUCUUUUCCUUGGUGAUGGUUCCGAGGACGGGAAGGUUCCUCCUGGAUCACUAUGUAUGAUCUCUCAUAAGGAUAGAGAGGUGAUAAAUGCUUUCGAUGGUGCUGGUUCUCUAGCAACUGAUGAAGAGGUUCGACAAGAAGUGGCUGCAAUGUCUCAAACUAAUAUAUUCAGGCCUGGUAUAGAUGUGACACAGGCAGUUCUUUUGCCGCAAGUAACAUGGAGGCGACAAGAGAAAACUGAAAUGGUUGGUGCUUGGAAGGCUAAGGUGUACGAUAUGCACAAUGUUGUUGUUAGCAUCAAAUCUAGGAGGGUGCCUGGUGCCAUGACCGAUGAUGAGUUCUUUGCAGCUUCCAAUGGAAAUGAAACAGAAAGUGAGGAGUUUGAUGAGAUCUUGACAGAAGAUGAAAGGAGACAACUUGAAGUUGCUCUUAAGUUGGAUUCUUCAGAAAUAUCCAAUGAGAACGGGGAUGGCAUUAUUGGGCAUCGCCAUAGUUGUUAUGAGUCCAGGGAAAUCCCUAUCGAGGAGACCAAUGGUUAUAAAAAUGUAGAGACUAAGCAGGAGAAGAAAGGAUGGUUUGGUGGAUGGAGGAAACGGGAGCCGAAGCAUGAAGCGCAGAGGAAGAUUGUGCCACCUAGAAGUUCUCUUUCUAUAGAUGAGAAGGUGAGCGACUUGCUUGGAGACUCUCCAUCUGGGAAUCAGAUAAAACCUGGUAGGCAUUCUGUGGAGAUUGUGGCAAGGGAUGAUCAUCGGAGGACUAGAGAUUCACGAACAACUUCCACUAGUUUGGAAAGUGGUAAUCGGCGCAAGGAUAGUGGUCGGGAGAAUGAGUAUAAGAAAGGGUUGAGGCCUGUUCUUUGGCUUUCUCCAAACUUCCCGCUGCAAACUGAAGAACUCCUGCCAUUGCUAGACAUUCUUGCAAAUAAAGUCAAGGCAAUUCGUCGGUUAAGGGAACUGCUCACUACAAAGCUUCCAGCUGGAACCUUCCCUGUCAAGGUUGCAAUCCCAGUGGUUCCAACAAUCAGGGUAUUGGUUUCUUUCACCAAGUUUGAAGAACUACAGCCAGUGGACGAGUUCUCUACACCCCCUUCAAGCCCCGGUGUUGGGCGAGAAAGCCCUGCGGUGACACAUGUGACAGGUUCGUCCUGGUUUCAGUGGAUAAAGGCACCGUAUCAUCGGCCGAGCUCAUCCAAUUAUAGCCACAACAAGAUAGAAAAUCUUCAAGAUCCAUUUGCAAUACCCCAAGAUUAUACAUGGAUCACAGCUGAAGCAAAGAAAAAGAAGAUGCAAGAGAGGAGCAAAUCAAAGAAAGGUAAGAGUCAGAACCAUUUGAAGUGAGACUGAGAAGAGCAGAUAAUUGAAUAGGAAUUAGUUUUUCAUUAAACUUUAAAAAAAAAAAAAGUGUUUCAAUUAAUGAAUGAAAAAGAACAAAAAAAAAAAAAGAGAAUGUGAUUCUUACAUUUUACACACAGCAUUUGGUUGGCAUUUUGGUGGUGGUCUUUGGAUUUACUGAUUUACAUCAUUACUUGUGAAGCGACUUACCUUUUGAAUACUGACAGAAAUGGCAGCAGAAGUUUAUUAUAUA